AUGCAGAACCUGCGUCUCUUGAACAAAGAGAAAGCCCGGCUUAACCACGAAUCGCAACGCCAUCUCCCUGUUCAACCCAGGUCAUAUUCCCCAAUUGUCCUUCUCCUACGACACGGAGCACAAUUCUUUCAAGCACCUCAUAUCCAAGCAUACGCUCUGGAAGUCUAUGAGAAACAAUUGCUAACCUCGAUUGACGUACAGCUCAAAUCAUCCGAAACAGAAAGCAUCUUCGUCUCUGGUCAGUCACUUGGGGGAGUCACUGCGGUGCCGGCAUUAAUCGGCGACGACCGCAUCCUGGGCGGUAUCAAUCUUGACUGCGACAUACUCGGCCCUGUCGUCGAAACCGGUCUCGGCAAACCCCUCUUCCUCAUUGGAAGGCCUAAUUCUCGAGAACGGGGUCUGUCGUGGAGUCAACGUGGGCUAGGCAUGAUGCUACAGGUUUAUGGCACAAUGCGUCAGUCGUUCAUCGAUGCGCCGCUGCUCAUGAGUUUGAGGGAUGUUCCUGAGAAUUUUAAUGCCAAGGUAGAAGCUGCAUUGAGCACAACCGAUGGCAGGCGAAUGGCAUCUCUUGUAAUUCAGCUGACCGUUGCGAUUCUUGAGUACGUAUUUGACGGUGCCGAGUACCGAUUAUGUUGA